CGUGGCAGCAGCGAGCUUAAACAAAAACCACAUGCGAGUUCUCUGCCUGUCCCUAAAAUCAACAUAUAGCAAGCAGGAUUAUGGAUAAGCAAAACACGCUUCAGUGGAGAGCUGGCUAGUUGCAUUUGAAAAGUGCAGAACCUCGCAAACUAGGCAGCUGCAGCGUACAUCAGAUACAAUGGAGGCGUGUGAUGACGGGGGCCUCAGCGUGGGCUCUUCCCCUGUAGAGGAGAACUACUUCCAGGGAUACACUUUUACAGAUCGUUCACACUCCAGCCGGGUGGUCAAGAGCAUUAUGGACUUGUGCUUGGAGGACGGCUUGUUUGCAGAUGUUACCAUCACUGUGGACAGCAAAGAGUUUAACCUGCAUCGCCUGGUGCUUUCGGCCCAAAGCAGCUUCUUCAGGUCUAUGUUCACCUCGAACCUCCGAGAAAGUCACAAUCGCCACAUCGAGUUGAAAGACAUCAGCGCACCUGUCUUCCAGCUCCUGGUGGACUACAUCUACCAUGGCACCAUUAAGCUGCAGGUGGAAGAUCUGCAGGACACCUACGAAAUGUCUGACAUGUACCAACUCACCGCCCUCUUUGAGGAGUGCUCCCGCUUUCUCUCACGAACCGUGGAUGUCAAGAACUGUCUUCAGGUGAUGUGGUUGGCAGACAGACACAGUGACCAGGAGCUCUACACAGCAGCUAAGCAUUGCGCUAAGAUUCAUCUGGUACAACUGCACCAGACAGAUGAGUUCCUCAAUCUCCCUUUACAGCUCCUCAUUGACAUCAUCAAAGAUGGUGUUCCAAGUUCCCAAAAUCCAACUGUAGCAAUCGAGUCUUGGAUAAACCACAACAAAGUUGAACGAGAGGAGUUUGCAGAUAUGCUCUCUGAUAGCCUAAAGGAGAUUGGAGAGAAUGUUCACAUCUACCUUAUAGGCAAGGAGGAGACGCGGACACACUCACUUGCCGUGUCACUUCACUGUGCUGAGGACGAUGCAAUCAGUGUGAGCGGGCAGAAUAGUUUGUGCCAUCAGAUCACGGCAGCCUGCAAGCACGGCGGCGACCUUUACGUGGUGGGCGGUUCUAUCCCACGGCGGAUGUGGAAGUGUAACAUGCGUACAAUGGAUUGGGAAAGGUGCGCGCCGUUGCCUCGUGACCGCCUGCACCACGCAUUGGUGUCUGUUGCCUCAGAGGAUACCAUCUACUCACUAGGAGGCAAGACGCUUCAGGACACACUGUCCCACGGCGUCGUCUACUACUCUGUACGUGCCAACACCUGGACAGAGACCAACCAGUUGGACACAGCUGUGUCCGGUGCCGCAGGGGUCCACCUCGACGGCAUCAUCUACCUCCUGGGUGGAGAAGAGAACGAUGCUGACUUUUUUACUCGGCCGUCCCGCCUUAUCCAGUGCUUAGACACGGCGACGCAGAAAUGCCGCACAAAGCCAUACGUGCUGCCCUUUGCUGGCCGCAUGCAUGCUGCCGCCCACAAGGACCUGAUCUUUGUGGUGGCUGAGGGAGACUCGCUGGUGUGCUACAACCCCCUGCUGGACAGCUUCACACGCCUUCGCUUUCCAGAGGUGUGGAGCUGUGUGCCCUCACUCUGGAAGGUGGCCAGCUGCAACGGCUGUAUUUAUGUGUUUCGGGACAAAUGCAAAAAGGGUGACGCCGACACACUCAAGCUGAACCCAGCUACAUCCGUCGUGUCCGUUAUAAAAGGGAUUAAAAUCCUUCUCACAAACUGGCAGUUUGUUUUGGCCUGAUGUUUAAGUGCCAUUUUCAAGGACAAUGGAACAUGUGCACCAUACAGUAUAACAUGUUUGCAGUGAUGCUAAAGAAUAUGCAGCUGAAUUUCUUUUCCAGUUAGUCUUUCAGCAGAAGCUUUUAUUCACGGCAACCUAAUAUUGCGCUCAGAAGAUGUUUGUUUAGGGUCUUGCUCUAGGGUCCAGCGUUAUAGUUUCGCAGUGCUGAGAUUCAAACUCCGAACUCUUCGAGGCUGUAGUUCAGUGCCACCACUGGGCCCUCUAAAAUGAUGUGAUAUAAAAACUUCCAAACUUCUAGCAUUCAGGUUCACAUGGACAAUUUUACAAGCAGCAAAAAUAAACCUUAUUAUUUAAAUGAAAAAGAGCAUGUCAUGACAUUCUACUGUCAGUUAUAAGACUAGACACAGUGUCUAGUCUUGUAUUAUAGUUUUAUAACUGACAGUAGAAUGUCAUGGCCUACUCUUCUUCACCUGUCCUCGAGUUAGAGUAUGGACCACUGAUCAUGUUUGUUUUAGUUUUAUUAAGAUCUACAAUGCAAAAUGAUGCUUGGUCAUUAAUCCCACUUAAGAUUGUUAUAACAAGGGCCCUUUAUUGAGAUUUUUAUGCUGAAUGACCUGAAUGGUUGAAAGUAAUUGUGUAUGUUAGUGUUUUGUGUACUCUGAAUUGGUGUAAAGUUCACACACCGUUAAACAGCUACUAAGUGCAGCAGUACAAAGAUAAGCUACAGGGGUGUCACUCAUUUAUACAGUGUGUAUGUAUGUGUGUAUAUUAAUAAUACAUGGCACCUGUUAGUGGGUGGGGUUUAUUAGGCAGCAAGUGAACAUUUUGUCAUCUAAGUCAAUGUGUUAUAAGCAGGAAAAAUGGGCAAGCGUAAGAAUUUGGGCGAUUUUGACCAGGGCCAAAUUGUGAUGGCUAGACGACUGGGUCAGAGCAUCUCCUAAACUGCAGCUCCUGUGUGCUGUUCCCGGUUUGCAGUGGUCAGUAUCUAUCAAAAGUGGUCCAUGGAAAGGAAUAGUGGUGCACCGGUGACAGGGCAUGACCGUUUAAGGCUCAUUGAUGCGCAAGGGGAGCAAAGGCUGGCCCGUGUGGUCCGAUCCAACAGACUUACACUGCUGAAGAAGUUAAAGCUGUUUAUGCUCGAAGGGCCAGGAUUGUUUUGGCAGCAAAAGGGGGGCCAACACUAUUAGGCAAGUGAUCAUAAUGUUCUGAUCUGUGUGUGUGUGUGUGUGUGUGUGUGCAUAUAUAAUCAGUGUCUGCAUUAUUUUUUAGCUUUAAUAUGUGUUAUGUUUUCAUGUCAAAGGGUACUUCUAUUACUUUACUCACAUACUGUACUACUUAAUAUAUUUUACAUGCAUAUUGUUUUUUUUACUCAUUUAACAAAAUUUUCAUUUGUCACAUAUGCAUAAAAAACAAUAGUAAAUUAAAAGUACAGGUAUUCAGUUUAAAUAAAAUAUUACUCAAGUAUAAGCACUGCCCAAAAAGACUUAAGGAUAAUAAUAAUGAACUCUUUCGACACACGCUUACUAAGUAAAAUAUUUGGUUUUCUGAUAAAGGAUUGCAUAUCGUUACCACCUUUUGUUAAUAUUUUUUUGUUUUGUUUAGUAGCUAGGAGCAGUUUUGCUUAUAUUUCUUUCAGUUCUGUUUUGUUCCACGCAAGGAUUUCGAUUAACAGCACAUAUUAUAAAAUCAUUUCGCUUCUGCUGUUUUCUAGGCUGCAUGUUUGACACCCCUGCAGUAAACACUACACAGUGAGCUGCCUCGCACAGCGAGUGUAAAUGUUUUAAGCAGCUGUAAAACAUGUAAAAGGACUUAUGCAUGUGGAUUGUUGUAUUAUGUCUCUUGUGUAAAGUGUUUUGUUGAACAGGGUGAAAGAUUUACCCUGAAAUAUUUUACGAUGUAUCAUAAUGUUCAUUCAUUGGUGCUUGAAGAAACGCACACCGCAGCCGAUUAUAUGCAUAUGAAUGAAUGCAAAUAAUGUUGCGAUUCACUCGUGCUUCUGUGUUUAUGAUCGUGAAUGGCACUGUGGUAAAUGGAAUCAAUGCAAGUAAAUGAAAUGUCUGCAUGAUGGCUUGUACUCUGCUAAUUACAAUGCAGGGGUUAGCUAAGUGCUGAUAUAAAUAUGUAUAGAAAGUUGAUAAAACAAAAUUAAACAUUUCUAUCCUGUAAA